CUGAUAUAUAUUUUUUAUUUUGGCAGAUCAGCUCCUCCCACACUGGGAUACAUCACCAGUGAAACUCCUCCCACAGCAGUCACAUCAUCAGUGAAGCUCCUCCCACUGGAAUACAUCAAUAAAUGCUGGGAUAUUCCCAUUAAAGGAGCAUCAGGAAGAGCUGAAACCAGUAAAGACUGAGUUUAUUAAAGAGGACAGUGAGAACAUGAGUGAUCCAGAAUCCUGCAGAAUGAAACACACUGAAGAUACCGAAGAACAAAGAGAGCUGAUGGAAGUGAAGGAGGAGAAUGAAGAACUGAGUGAAGUGGAGGAGGAACAUCAUGACAAACCUGGAGAAAAACCUUUGAGUCGCUCAAAGACUAAAAAUACAUUUCUAAUGAAAAGAGACAUGAAAUCUUUCACCUGCACUCAGUGUGGAAAGAGUUUCUCAACCAAACAACAUCUUAAGAUUCACAUGAGAGUUCACACAGGAGAGAAGCCGUUCACAUGUGAUCAGUGCGGGAAGAGCUUCAAACAAAAAGGACAUCUUAAAGAACACAUGAAAGUUCAUACAGGAGAGAAGCCACACACAUGUGAUCAAUGUGGGAAGUGCUACAGUCAAUCAUCACGCCUUAAAGAACACAUGAUGAUCCACACAGGAGAGAGACCGUUCACAUGUGAUCAAUGUGGGAAGAGUUUCACAUCAAAACAAAGUCUUGAGAUUCACAUGAGAGUUCAUACUGGAGAGAAUCCGUUCGCAUGUAAUGAAUGCGGCAAACUGUUUCUCUGGGCAUCAGCCAUGAAGAGACACCUGAAAGUUCAUACAAAGGAGAAGCCACAUUCAUGUUCUGUGUGUGGAAAGAGUUUUUCACAGCUGUAUAGUUUACAAAGACAUGAGAAAAUACACACUGGUGUGAGAGAGUACAUGUGCUUCGAGUGUGAGAAGACUUUUACUACAGCAAGAUGUUUAAUACAGCACCAGAGGAUCCACACUGGAGAGAAACCUUACAAGUGUUCACACUGUGACAAGAGAUUCAGUUGUUCAUCAAAUCUGAAAACACAUGAGAGGAUCCACAGCAGAGAGAAGCCGCACACGUGUGAUCAGUGUGGAAAGAGUUUCUCUUCUAAAAAUCAGCUGAAGAUACACAUGAAGAUCCAUGCAGUGGAGAAACCACAUCACCACAGUCUGAAAUCACGAUAAGUAGUUCAUCUUUGUGCUGAGAAACAAAGUAGUUUCCUUACAGCCACAAUAAGCGGCAGGACAGUUUGAUGGUUGCUUGAAAAAUCUGAAUCUUCUCCUGAAACUACAACAGUUCGAUCAAAUCACUGUUAAAACAGACUGUAUGAAUUCUUCCCUUAAGGUCAGUGUGACAAACUAGUGACUUACACUUAGUGAACAAACUGCUAUGUUUCUAUUAUUGUCAUUUACAACAUAACAUUAAAACAACCUACAACUAUUAACUUGUUGUUGCUCCUCUUCAUUAAUUCCAUGAUAAAUCUCCCACCAUUUCCCAUCAUCAUUCCUUCGAUCUUCUGUAGUAGUUCUUGUACCUGAAUGUCUGAUUUACUCUUGAUAUUGCAACAGUAAAAUCGUCCUCCACAUUCAGUCAACAGCAUGAUGUUUCAGUGUUAGAUGUUCAUCACUAUGUUCAUCACUCCCUGUUUUUGUCUGUGACUUUUUUUUUAUUCUUGUGGAAAUAUCCAACCUGGUGGGAUUAUUUUGCCUCAGACUUCGUCACAGGACAGUGCUGUUCCUCAACAUGCUCCCAAACUCAAAACGACUUAAAAGGACAAUC